AUGGUAUCAAAUAAAUCUGAUUUUCAAUCAUCAUCUUUUUCUUCUAAUGGUUCUUCUUCUAAUGGUUCUACCAUAAAAAAAACCAAAGUUAAAAAUGGAAAUUCUAUAAUUCAUUUUGAUAGCAUUGAAGAGGCAUUAAAAGACUUUGCUGAGGGAAAAUUUGUUCUAGUAGUUGAUAAUGAAGAACGCGAAAAUGAAGGUGAUUUAAUAAUUGCGGCUGAAAAAGUGACAGCUGAAAAAAUGGCAUUUAUGAUUAAAUAUACAAGAGCUUUAACUGCUAGGUGUUUAGCAAACCCUGAUAUAACAAAUCCUAAUGAUUUUAAUAGACCUGGUCAUAUAUUUCCAUUAAGAUAUGUUCCAGGAGGUGUUUUAAAAAGGAUAGGCCACACUGAAGCAUCGAUUGAUUUAUGUAAAUUGGCCGGAUUACAGCCUGUUGGUGUUAUUUGUGAAUUAGUUAAAGAUGAUGGAUCAAUGGCACGUCGUGAUGAUUGUCGCUUAUUUGCUGAUGAGCAUGACUUGAAAUUAAUUACGAUUGAUGAUUUGAUUAAAUACCGUUUAGAAAAUGGACAUUUAGAAAUUUAA